UAUCCCUAACCUCACACAUAAAAAAAAAGUGAAACAAAGAACAGGUAAUUCGUGAGGCCAAAAAAAAAAAAAAAUGGCAGCAGAGACAGCGCUAAGAGUAUCGAGUUCGAGUUCUACUGUGUGCAAUCUAAAUGGGUUUCAAAGGAGACCAACCCCUUUAUCUUCUUCAACUCGUUUUCUGGGUCUUCGUCCUCGAGCUUCUUCUUCUUCAAUUUCCUCUUCUUUAUCCCAGUUCAUGGGGAGUGUCAGAAUUGGCUCAAGACUUCCUAUUUCACGUCAACAAAAGGGGAAGAGAAGGAACUUCUCUCUCUUUGCUAUGGCCGCUGAUGAGUCAAAGCGUGCUGUACCUUUGAAAGAUUAUCGCAAUAUUGGAAUUAUGGCUCACAUAGAUGCCGGAAAGACAACGACAACAGAACGUAUUCUAUACUACACAGGAAGAAACUAUAAAAUUGGUGAGGUACAUGAGGGAACUGCUACAAUGGACUGGAUGGAACAAGAGCAGGAAAGAGGUAUUACCAUAACAUCGGCUGCAACUACUACAUUUUGGAAAGACCACCGGAUUAAUAUUAUCGACACCCCUGGCCAUGUUGACUUCACACUUGAAGUGGAGCGAGCUCUCAGGGUUUUGGAUGGAGCUAUAUGCUUGUUCGACAGUGUUGCUGGUGUUGAACCGCAAUCUGAAACCGUAUGGAGACAAGCUGAUAAGUAUGGGGUACCUAGAAUUUGCUUUGUCAACAAGAUGGAUCGUCUAGGAGCAAACUUUUUCCGGACGAGAGAUAUGAUAGUUACAAAUUUGGGUGCUAAACCGCUGGUGAUUCAACUACCGGUUGGUGCAGAAGAUAAUUUUAAAGGUGUCAUUGACCUUGUAAAGAUGAAAGCUGUGCUUUGGUCCGGGGAAGAAUUGGGUGCAAAGUUUGAGUAUGCUGAUAUUCCGGCUGAUCUUCAAGAGUUGGCUGAAGAGUACCGAUCACAAAUGAUAGAAACGAUCGUUGAAUUAGAUGACCAAGCUAUGGAGAACUAUCUAGAAGGAGUUGAGCCCGAUGAGGAAACCAUUAAGAAAUUAAUUAGGAAAGGCACCAUUGGAAUCAGUUUUGUACCUGUAUUAUGCGGCUCGGCUUUUAAAAAUAAGGGUGUUCAGCCAUUACUCGAUGCUGUUAUGGAUUACUUGCCGUCUCCUCUUGAGUUGCCGGCAAUGAAGGGGACUGAUCCUGAGAAUCCCGAAGUGAUAAUUGAAAGGACAGCAAGUGAUGAAGAACCGUUUUCCGGAUUAGCUUUCAAAAUCAUGACCGAUCCGUUUGUGGGAUCCCUUACAUUUGUGAGGGUGUAUUCAGGAAAGCUUGCUGCGGGAUCUUAUGUUUUGAAUGCUAACAAAGGGAAGAAAGAGAGAAUCGGUAGACUAUUGGAAAUGCACGCUAAUAGUCGAGAGGACGUUAAGGUUGCAUUGGCCGGUGAUAUUGUUGCUCUUGCAGGUCUAAAGGAUACUAUUACAGGUGAAACUCUUAGCGACCCUGACCAUCCUAUUGUACUUGAACGAAUGGACUUCCCCGAUCCCGUGAUUAAGGUUGCUAUUGAACCUAAGACUAAAGCUGAUGUCGAUAAAAUGGCUAAUGGUUUGAUCAAGCUUGCUCAAGAAGACCCUUCUUUCCACUUCUCACGGGAUGAAGAGAUCAACCAGACCGUAAUUGAAGGAAUGGGAGAAUUACAUCUCGAGAUUAUCGUUGAUCGUUUGAAGAGAGAGUUCAAGGUCGAAGCCAAUGUCGGUGCACCACAAGUUAAUUACCGGGAAAGUAUUUCCAAAGUUUCAGAAGUGAAAUACGUACACAAGAAACAAUCAGGUGGACAAGGGCAGUUUGCUGAUAUUACUGUUCGUUUCGAGCCUAUGGAGGCAGGUAGUGGAUACGAGUUCAAGAGUGAAAUCAAAGGUGGAGCCGUGCCGAAAGAAUAUAUUCCUGGAGUGAUGAAAGGACUGGAGGAGUGUAUGUGUAAUGGUGUCCUUGCAGGUUUUCCUGUUGUUGAUGUACGUGCCGUGCUAGUAGAUGGUUCUUACCACGAUGUCGAUUCUAGUGUAUUGGCAUUUCAACUGGCAGCCAGGGGAGCCUUCCGAGAAGGGAUUAGAAAGGCUGGCCCUAGGAUGCUUGAACCUAUAAUGAAAGUUGAGGUUGUCACACCCGAAGAACAUUUAGGUGACGUGAUCGGUGAUCUCAACUCAAGGAGAGGCCAGAUUAACAGCUUUGGUGAUAAGCCUGGAGGACUCAAGGUGGUGGAUGCCCUUGUUCCGCUUGCGGAGAUGUUCCAAUACGUCAGCACUCUCCGAGGUAUGACGAAAGGUCGUGCAUCCUACACCAUGCAACUGGCCAAGUUUGAUGUCGUCCCUCAACAUAUCCAGAACGAGCUUGCUACUAAACAACAAGAAGUUGUUGCUUGAUUUUGUUGUUUCAUAAUUUUCCUGGCAUCCAAACACUAUUUUUUGUUCACUUCAUAAUUUGAAGUGCAGCACUCUCCUUUCUUUAAUUUAUAAGUUCCAUGUAUCAGUUUUGGGUAUAAAUGUAACAAAACUAUUGAAGUAGAAAAUGCAACAUAAAUCAGAA